AUGGAAAAGAAUUUGCUCAUAUUCGAUAACCUUCUUAAAUCUCCACAUUCUGAAGAAGUAAAAAAAAAAUUUAUUAUAAUUUAUUUGGAAUCAAUAAGUAAAUUACAUUACUCAAAACCAGAUUGGGAACAGCUUUGCGAGUAUGCAUACGGAAUCAUCAAGCAUACUUCUCGCGUUCACGCUUUUGGUGAGCUUAUUCUAUCUCGAUUCGCACGUCUUCAGAAAGCAAUAUAUAUGCUUUAUUUCAAUUCGAGCUGGAUAACGCAAACCCUUAGCAACAACAAUAUUCCAAAUAAUUUAUACCAACAACUAAGAGCAUUAGUUAAAAUAAUUAAAUACAAACAAGAAAUUUCAAGUGAUUCCGACGACCAUGCUAAUGUUGAAAUUGACUGUCGGAUAUUACAGUCUUAUUCUAUUAAAUAUUUUGAGGUUGUCAAAAGUAGGGUUGACUGGAUGCAAUUGUUUGUAUCUAUGUUCACUGAGCUUCCACAAUCAAUUCCCGAAGAUCAUGUUAGAUUAAUUGAGGUGCUUUUAUAUUCUUUGGCCAUUCCGGAAAGCGAUUCUUUAGAAUCGUAUGAUGAAUUUGUGAAGCAGACGGUAAAAUUAAUUGAAUCUUUAUGGAAGAAGAGCCCGGAAAUCAUAGGCGUAACUAUCCGUGAAAUUUUUAUACGGCUUUCAAGUAAUCAAACCUGUUCCAAAUCUAUAGUACUUUUGAUUAGUAGGAUACCUAAAUCAUGUACAUCAGUUAUCCAAUACUAUGUUCAGAAGAUUCCCGCAGAAGAUGCUAAGAAAUUUGAACUAUGUGUUGAAAGAAUGAUUUCGAUGAUACCUCAUCCAUUUGCUAACAACAUUAGCUGUUGGAUCAUAGAAUUGGUCAAAGCUUUGGAAAAAUUAAAGGAUAAGUCUAUAUUGAUACGGAUCACUCUUGCAAAUGCGUCUCGAUACCGCCAUGCGCGUAGCGAUGCUUUAAUGGUCGUUAAAUGUUUGCUACUUGGAUAUCAAGUUGCACCUGAUGUCUUCGAUUCAAUUAUUCCAACUAUUCCCAAAGUUUUAGAUACGAUCGAUAAAGAGAGAGAUCAAGUUGAUACUUUACUUGAACUUUCGAGAAUAAUUCAAUGUCUCAUGUUGCGAUUUUCAGGGGGAAGCGAUAAAUAUUUGCAACUUUAUAAUACUUUGGAAUCGCAUGACUUGCCGGUAUUGAAACGUGAGGAUAUUUCGAAUAUACUUCAAAAGCAUGCAUGGUUUAAAGUACCAAACAUUGCGGAUAGCCGUAAGGAAUUUGUGGUGAAACCUUCUGUGAAACCCCCUGUGAAACCUCCUGUGAAAACUCCUGUUUAUUCCCCGAAAAUCUUUAAAAAGAAAGGAUUACAAAACUUAGGAAAUACUUGUUUUAUGAAUAGUGUACUUCAGGCAUUAUUUAACUCAGCGGAAUUUAGACGUCGUAUAUUACAGGCAUCGACAACGAAAUCAAAAACUUCAACGAUCUAUCAGCUUCAAUUGUGUUUUGCUUGUAUGAUAUUUUCUAAAAAAUCGUAUUUUUCACCAUCAGCAUUAUUGGAGACGCUUCCAAGUUGGUUAAAUAAUGGUCGACAACAGGAUUGUCAUGAAUUUUUGAAGCAAAUUGAAGAAGAAUCGAAAAAAACUUCAAAUAAACAACUUAGGCUAGAAUCGGAAGAGGAAGGAAUUUCAACCGUACUUGAGGAUAUGACAGAUGUUCCAAUAAGUCCCUUUGGUGGAAAAAUGGAAAAUAUUAUUAUGUGUAUGGAAUGUGGGAAAAAAUCUAAAACAAAGGAAGGAUUUCAUGAUCUUUCACUUUCAUUGAAAGUCGAUACAUCAGACAAUCUUUCAUUUUCUGAUUUAUUAUCGGGAUUUCUUUCUGAUGAAGAUCUGAAAGGAGAGAAUCAAUAUUUUUGUGAAAGAUGUGGAGGACUACGUGAUGCGAAAAAGUUGACGCGAAUAAUUACGCCACCGCGUUAUUUAAUAUUAUCGCUUAAUCGAUUCGAGUAUGAUGUGAAAUAUGCUAGAAGGAUAAAAAUCAUGACACAUGUUUCAAUACAAGAAUCAUUAUCAGUACCGCAAGUUCAUGAAAAUGAUGAAUCACCCACUGAAUCAAAUCAUAAUCAAAAUGGAAUAGUUAACGGAAUGAUUAACGGAAUGAUGAAUGGAGAGAAACGAAUAAAGACAAAAGGAGAGGAUGAUAAAAUAUAUGAUCUAUCAGCAAUUGUAAUACACUCUGGUUCAUCUGCUGAAUAUGGUCAUUAUUAUACGUACGCAAAGGAUGAAGCUGAACUUUCGCAAUCUCUUAUGAAAGAAGUUGAGAAUGAAGAUAAAAGUAGUUAUAACAGAGAUUCUUUUGGGAGUAAUGAUUUUUCAAUGGAUAAUAAAAAGGAUGAUAAAGACGAAAAAGAAGAAAUUAAUCCACUUAGUGGAGGAUAUGAUUUAUUUGAUUAUGAUAAAUCGGUAAUAUAA